CGGGUUGCUACAGUUCCACGUUGGGGGCCGAGGCUGGGCCGCCGCCCUUCCGAGCCCGGCUUACCGCCCUUGGCGUCGCUGGGAAGACAGACCGUUUUGCCUGUCGGUAGUCGGCGAAGGUCUCACUUAGUGAAGGACAUGCUCGGCCUUCUUUUUGAGCUCGCCAAUAAGAUGUCAUGGGUACCAGUCCCAGUUCUCUGCGUGGCCUUUUCGGUCUCCAGAUUAGGCAGACCCUGUAUUAGGCAUUGCAUCCACGGUAUACAAUGAAUCUUAAAAUAGAAAUCUGGAAAGUAGCUCCGUUAUUCCUUAAUUCAACAAGCAGUUCCCGCGCAGUGCCAGAGAGCUGUUGAAUAACGAACUUAAAUUACAGCCAUUGCUUUCAGAUAGCACACUAGCACACAUCGUGCUGAACAAUUCCAAGAUGCCGAGACGCUCAGAGCUUGUGGACAAGUGUAUAGGAUCAAGAAUUCACAUUGUGAUGAAGAGUGAUAAAGAAAUCGUGGGUACACUUCUAGGAUUUGAUGACUUUGUCAAUAUGGUGUUGGAAGAUGUCACAGAGUUUGAAAUUACACCAGAAGGAAGAAGAAUUACAAAAUUAGAUCAAAUUCUACUAAAUGGAAAUAAUAUAACAAUGCUGGUUCCUGGAGGAGAAGGGCCUGAAGUAUGAGUGGAUUUCCUUGACUUAUGCUGGAUUCUGGCUUUGUGUUUUUCAAACCUUUAAUGUUUAGAUUCUAUAAAAUGAAGUUUCCGUUAAAGGGAAACACUUUGAAGAUAUACAUCCAUUUUUCUAAGCUAAUCAUGGUUAUUUUGGGAAAAGAAGAGUUUUGUUUUGUCUUGUUUUUUUAAAGACUAAAAAAAUAAAGAUGGUUUUGGUUAA